CCACGUUUUAAAACUUGAAAAAGAUUAUCUGUAUUUCUAGCUUAGUGUACGUCGAUCACAAUCUCUACAAAUUUUUCGAAUUAUUAUAAACAUAUUUGUAUUUUCCGCCAUGACAAAUUCGUCUUGUAUCCAAGAAAUCGGAGAGCAACUGCUUGACUCUUCAAAAUCGCUAACAGAUCGGUUUAGAGCUCUUUUUACCCUGAAAAACCUUGGUGGCAGCGAAGCCAUUGAUAUAAUAGCCAAAGGAUUUUAUGAUCCCUCUGCUCUUCUCAAACAUGAACUGGCUUAUUGUUUAGGGCAAAUGCAAGACAAGUAUGCAGUUCCUGUGCUUACAAAGGUUUUAGAAGAUAAGAGUCAGGAGGCAAUGGUUCGACAUGAGGCAGGAGAGGCGUUGGGUGCAAUUGGUGCUUCAGAAUCACUAGAAGUGUUGAGAAAGUUUGAAAAUGACUCAAUUCCUGAGGUUUCGGAAACCUGCCAACUAGCAAUACAGAGAAUUGAAUGGCUGAACAACCGAAACACUUCUGAAGGAGACAAACUAAGUUCUAAUCCUUACCAUUCAGUUGAUCCUGCACCACCAUCACUUGACUUAGACAUCCCUAGAUUGAAGGGUGCCUUGCUUGAUGAAAACCGUCCACUUUUUGAAAGAUACAGAGCCAUGUUUUCACUGAGAAAUACAGGAGGCAGAGAUGCUGUGCUGGCUCUUGCUGAAGGUCUCAAAUGUAAAAGUGCUCUUUUCAGACAUGAAAUAGCUUACGUACUUGGACAAAUGCAACAUGAAGCUGCGAUUGAACAACUCACGGUGAAUCUUGCCGACUCUGAAGAAAACCCUAUGGUUCGGCAUGAAUGUGCAGAAGCGCUCGGCUCAAUUGCAAAGGAUAAUUGUCUUAAUAUUCUGGAAAAGUACUCCUUGGAUCAUGAACGGGUCGUAAAGGAAAGUUGUAUCGUCGCACUGGACAUGCUGGAACACGAACAGAGUGAUCAGUUCCAGUACGCUAACACCAUGGCUGAAAUGAAGCAAGCAGUACAUCAAGAAACGUAAAAAUCAAGAAUUUAUAAAAUAGUAUGAUCAAUAAAUAUUCCAUCUAGAACAGA